AUGUCAACAAGCUUAUUAGGAUAUAAUAUGCCAUCACCAAUAAUUGUCGCUCCUACAGGGUCACACAAAUUAGCAAAUCCAGAAGGGGAGGUGGCCACAGCAAGAGCUGCCGCAGCAUGUAACACCAUAAUGGUGUACAAGAGAAGGGAUGUUUCGGCAACAUUGGUACACCGGGCUGAGAGUUUAGGAUUCAGGGCAAUUGUUUUGACAGUUGACACGCCUGUGCUUGGCAGGCGUGAAGCUGAUAUCAGAAACAAGAUGAUUGCUCCACAGUUGUCAAACCUGGAAGGUUUAAUGUCAUUAGACGACUUUGAUGGUGGUGAAGGCGGCUCCAAGCUGGAACGAUUCGCACGGGAAACGCUGGAUCCAUCAUUGUCAUGGAAGGACGUGGAGUGGCUCAAGUCCAUCACCAGCCUGCCGAUCCUGCUCAAGGGCAUCGUCACCGCCGAAGACGCGAGGAAGGCCGUAGAGGCAGGGGCGGCCGGCGUGAUCGUGUCCAACCACGGCGCCCGGCAGCUGGACUAUGCGCCGGCCACCAUCUCGGCGCUCGAAGAGGUGGUUAAGGCGGUGGCGGGGGCCGUGCCGGUGCUGGUGGACGGUGGCGUCCGGCGGGGCACCGACGUGUUGAAGGCGCUGGCGCUGGGCGCCAAGGCAGUCAUGGUGGGGAGGCCGGUGUUGUACGGGCUGGCGGCGCGCGGGGAAGCCGGCGCGAGGCACGUGAUCGAGAUGCUGAACAAAGAGCUGGAGCUGGCCAUGGCGCUCUGCGGCUGCCGGAGCGUCGCGGAGGUCACCAGGGCGCACGUCCAGACCGAGGGCGACCGGAUCAGGGCCCUGCUGUGA